UACAGUAUCUCCAGGUUCAUCUUCAUCUCCACUCAUCUCCGCUCAUCUCCAUCUACAUUGGUCCAGCCACUCCCCUCGACGCCAUGGCCUUGGACCCCGGCAUCGGCCCCGAUCAAGACCGUCGCAAACGAGGCCGAGGACACGAACCAGACCACGCCGCAUCUUCACGUUCGGGCAGCCCCGUCGACCGCCCUCCCCUCCGCACGACCAAGUCUCUUCAGCCUUUACCAGCGCCCGCUACUCCGAAAGCUGGCCGACCACAACGCGGCCUCGAGAAGCGCCUGCGCCGCCCAGCCCCCCCUCGUCCCAUCACGCUAGACCCAGCGCCAAUACCUCCCCUCCCCGCCCCGCUGCUGCCGUACCUGUUCACCUGCCACGAGAUCCAGCCCUUCCGCGGCCCCCGAAAGCUCGCGCCGGAGCCCACGUUCCCCAUCGCCCCCGCGGACAGCCGCGGGCGUAAAGGCGACCCCCUGAUGGUCGCGAACGGGAUGGGGAUCCCCGACGAGCGGGCUAUGACCAUGUACUGGUCGUCUGACUUCUUCCGCCCGAUCGACCAAGUCGACACGGACGAGGAGGACGACGCGCCCGUGCACGCAUACGCCGCAUCGGACGCCGAGUCGGGCACGGGCAUGAUGGGCACGGUGCGCGACAGACGCUCGAUGAGCGUCGUAUCCGAACGGCCGCGGUCGCCGUCCGUCCGCUUCUCUCCCCUCGCAUCAACGCCUGUGCCUGUCGCACCACACACUCACGCAUCGCCUGCGGCAUCACAAACCCACGCAACGCCUGGGGCAUCACAAACCCCCCGAAGUGCUGCGAUGCUGCCGCCCGUCGGCAUCGAGAAGAAGGGCAUGAUCACGCUGACGCGGCACGUCGCGGUGCCCGUGCCGUUGCCGUCGCCGUCGCCGAGGGUCACGCGCGGCUGCGCAGGGUCCCCCGUCACGGUGCGCCCAGUCCAGCUGGUUCUGCGCGAGGUGUUGAACCCCCUGCAGUAUGUGCGGCGCGCCAUGGGGCUGGAGGCGGAGGAAGCGGCGUCGGUCAAGUGCGACUCGGCGAAGGGCGGCGUUGCCGCGGAGGCACGCGGAAAGGUUGGCGCCGGCGCCGCAGAUCGCAAGAAUGGGAGGCGCGGGGGACGGAAGAAGAAGGUCGGCGGCACUCAGCGACAGCCAUGAGAUACCUGCAUCGCGGGCAUGUGAAACGACCGAGUUGGCGUAGCGGAACGCCGUUUGUAUCCAUAUAACAUUGUGACAUGUAAUGGGAGGAUGGAGACCAUGGAG